AGAAGAAUUAAAGGGAGGAGGGUUUUUAGUUGAAGAGCUUUAAAACAUCUCUCUCGGCCUUUUAGCAACAUCACGCGGUGCCUCUGUAUCUUUCUCUCGCUUGUCUCUUCAGCUAACAUUCUGCUCGAGAAUAAUGACGGCGAAUGAAGUUCAGUCUGGUGUUUCCAAUUGCUAUGUGUUCAAAAGCCGGUUGCAGGAAUAUGCUCAGAAAUACAAACUACCAACGCCUCUCUAUGAGACUAUCAAAGAAGGCCCUUCCCACAAACCCGUCUUUCAGUCCACAGUAAUAGUCGGUGAUGUCAGAUAUGAUUCCUUACCUGGAUUCUUCAACCGUAAAGCUGCAGAGCAAUCAGCUGCCGAGGUUGCUCUCCAGGAAUUAGCCAAAUCCAGUGACUUAAGCCAAUGUGUUUCACUACCUGUUCACGAAAUGGGGCUAUGCAAGAAUCUUCUUCAAGAGUACGCUCAAAAGAUGAACUACGCGAUUCCACUGUAUCAGUGCCAAAGGAGCGAGACUCUCGGGAGAGCUCCACAGUUCACAUGCACUGUAGAUCUCGGAGGCAUUAAGUACACAGGAGCUGCGGCAAAGACUAAAAAAGAGGCUGAGAUAAGCGCUGGGAGAACUGCUCUUAUAGCGAUCCAGUCAGAAUCUAAAAUCAACCUCGCCAACAACUACAGCACUCAGCUUACUGUGCUUCCUUGCGAAAAGAAGACAGUAGAGGUAGUGAAAGAAACCAUCAUCAAGACUCCAAAAGCCAGGAAGGCUGAGUUCAAGAAGAAGGCUAGGAAAGGGAAGCGCAAAGUAGCUAAGGAUCUUGAAGAUAGUGCCAUCCCUUCUGGACCUACCGAGCAUUGUGUAAACGAUCAGCCAGAGAAUGCUGAGACAUUGAUAAAUAUAGAACCUUCUUCGUGCAUGAACGGGUUUAAGGAGGCAGCAUUUGCUAGCGUGGAGACAGAAGCAAGCCAAGCAUAGAUGUCUCAAGAUGGGGUCUUUGUGCGUGUAGUUGUUUAUGUAGCCAUUUUGUAAUUUGUAAUUUAUAAUUGGUGUUGUCAGGUUGAACGGAAACCCUUUUUGGUUCUGUUUAGUUACACACAAGAUCAUAACAA